CGCAGUCCUCUGGGUCUGCAUGGGUCGCUGCUGCUGCUGCAGCUGCAGCUCGUGACGCGCAGGCGUUGGGAUAGAAACGAGCAGAGGCGCAGCGGGCUGAGUCUGUCUCGUUGUCGCUGGAUCACAGGACCAACAUCAGCAUCAGCAUCCCCAUCAUCAUCCUCUAUCCGCCCGGCCGAGGACAGCCUCUGAGGAAAAGACACGGCAACUGGACAAUCUGAAGGAAGAAAAAAAAAAACCCCCAACGAAAUUAAAAAACAAAAAAGAGCAGCAGAGCCUACAUUUGAAAAUGCUGGCGUGCACAGAGAUGAUCACCAUGUGCCUCCAAUCUGCCAAGCGCGAACACUUGAGGAAGCAGAAGGAGCUGGACCACAACCAAAAUCAAGCCAUCUCCCUGUUCCAUGAUAUAUUCCGCCGGGCAGACAAAAAUGAUGACGGGAAGCUGUCCUUGGAGGAGUUCCAGUCGUACUUCACCGACGGUAUCCUCACUGACGAGCAGAUGCAGGAGCUGUACUUCUCCAUCGACAGGCAGAAGACAGACAACCUGGACAUUGACAAACUCUCAGAGUACUUCAGUCCACACCUGGGAGAAUACGUCAACGUCCUGUCCGCCCUGGAAAAGCUUAACGUGGCCAUUUUGAAGGCCAUGGACAAGACUAAAGAGGAGUAUCAGGGCUCGUCAGUGCUGGGUCAGUUUGUGACGCGCUUCCUGCUGCGGGAGACCACCACCCAGCUACAGUCCCUUCAGUCGUCCCUGGACUGUGCAAUGGAGGCUGUUCACGACCAAGGCUGUACAGGGAAGAGGAUAGUGAAGAAGCCCCAGGACUUGGCUAUCCAGAGGGUGGCCAAACGCCCCGGCCGACGCAUCCAAAAGAACAUGUGUCUCUCUCCUACUGACCCCUACUCUGGCAUGCUCACCACAGGGGUCAGUGUGGAGCCAGACAAUCCCUGGGGCUCCCAGAUCAACCAGCUGGAGCAUCUCAUAGACAAACUGGAGUGCGAGAGUCCACAUCUUGAGCCUCUCAAAGAGGACACGUUAGCGGGGACGUACAAAUCGAACAUUCUUCUUGUUCAGAGACAGAUGUCUGUGAAGGAGAGAGACGUGGAGCAGUUUCAGCAAGCUCUCAAAAUCUACACAGAUGCCACCAGCAGCCAGCUCAACAACCUGCACGUCUCAGUCCAGAACCUGCCAGACAGAUCAUGCUUCAUCAUGUAUGAAUUUUGGCAGGACCGUCUCUCCUGGAUGAGCUAUCUGCAGUCGUCCAUCAGUAAGACCUUCCAGCGCUGCAUUAUCGACUCACUCGAAGAGCCGGAGAUGGUCUCCACCAUGCUCCUCCCAGCCUCUUGGUGGAUCAUGAACAACAACUGACGGAGCAAAUUCAACUCCACAAAAGCAAUUGUACAAUUGUUUUUUUGUUUCCUUUUUGAUCCUUGAUAUCCACUUUUUCUUCUUGUCACGACCAGGAUUGUUUUUGCAAAGCCAUGCUCCAAGGUUAUAAAAAAGAAGGCUGCUGAGAUAUAAAUGAGUAAAACCUUCGGAUAGAAAGAAUUGAGGUAAUGCAAUAUUCUAAUGUAUGAUCACGAUCUGUUCCAAAUAUUCGUUUCCCCAACAGUAUUUGCACAUUUCCUGCUUCUGAUUUAACAGACACACAAGAAAUGAAAAGAAAAAAAAAGAUGCAUGAUUUCUUAUUCCUCUGUGCUAGUUCAUUUAAAUGAAAUAAAUGUACAUCCUAGAGUAGACCUAUUGUCAAUGAUGCCACAAAAAUAGAAACAACUGAUCUGUCCAUCCUUCACUAUCCGACACUCAUCCUUCAGUAUGAACAAAAACAGAAACAGUGGUGCGGUCAACCUGCAUUUUCCCUUGUUCUUUCUGUGGUAUUGUGCUUUGUUUUCUCCCUCAAAGCUUUGCUACCGAGCGUCCAUUAAAUAGAACAAAGUUAAUGGACAAUUGUGGUCCGCAAACUUUUAUCAUCCGCGUGACACGUUUGCACUUUAGGGGGGAAAAAAAGAAACAUGGACCUAAUUGUGACAAGCAAGUGUUUAUUGUAGAUUGUCUAUUGAAAAUGUAGGAUUUACUGCUAUUUAAAUAAGCCAAGAGCUGCACUAACGUGUAGUCAGAUAUAAGCGGAUGAUAAUUAACCAAAUAAUAGCACAGUUUGCCCGCACUGUUACUCUAUACACAAAACUCAAAAGCCAUCAUUUUACAUUUGCAGUUUAACGGCACAGUAAACACAAAUAGAAGUUUAUAUUUUGACAGAAAUUUAGCAGAAACCGUUGUGCUGUGUAAUGAUAUACAACACGAGUUUGUUAAGAUUGUGUACAGUAGUAAAUGAAGGCUGUGUAAGAUGUAAGUAAUUGUCGUAGAACACUGGUAAAUGUACAGUAUGAUAGUAUAAGGAGAGAGAUGAAUGUGUUCACUCUUUCUUUCAUUUCUUUUAUGAAGAAUAUAAAGUUGUCAUGUGGAUGUUUUAUGAUUGUUUUCUGGCAUGAAGUAAUGUUCAUGACAUAUUGAUGACAUGGAAGUAUGCAUUACAUGUCUCUCUUUCCUGACGUUGAAUAAAAUGCUGGUGAAAUGUGA